AUGUCUACAGCUAAGAAUGACUCAAUCCUGAUCGUGGGCGCCGGCGUCUUCGGUCUUUCAACCGCCCUGGAACUCAAUAAGCGCGGAUACACCGAUAUCACCGUGGUCGACCGAUUUGUACCACCCUCAGCAGAUGGAAGCAGCGUCGACAUCUCACGUAUUAUUCGGGCCGACUAUGCCGACCCAAUCUACUACAAAAUGGCCCGUGAGGCAUACAAAGGCUGGACCACUGAGUACAAAGAUCAAUACUUCGAGUCAGGAUUCGCUCUGUUCUCCGAAACACCCAAGAACAAAUAUAUGGAAGGUUCAAAGUCAGUCAUUCGUGCCGCUGGUGGCCACUUGGACGAACUCCCCGAUGCGUCUGAUAUUCGCAAGCUCUACCCCAGUGUUCAGGCAGACGUUGCUGGCAUGAGCGGUUAUCACAACCCCAAGGGUGGCUGGGCAGAUGCCGCAGGCAGCAUCCAGAAACUUGCAUCUAAGUGUACAGUUGCCGGUAUUUCAAUCAUCGCUGGCCCCAGGGGUACAGUUACCUCUUUGCGCAAGGCCGGCUCACGGGUAGUGGGUGUUAACCUUGUCAGAGGACAGGUUCUGCUUGCUUCCCAGGUCAUCCUCAGUACUGGCGCAUGGACGAAUCGUCUGCUAAACAUCGGCCACGCCGCUUCGUCCUCUGGUCAGCCAGUUGGUUUCAUCCAGCUGACUGAAGAAGAGGCUCUCGAGUACAAGAAUAUCCCGGUCAUGAUCAAUAUGAGCUCCGGCGUGUUCUCUUUCCCGCCUACACCUGAUACUAAUGUCCUUAAGCUUGCGCGUCACGGGUACGGCUAUGCUACUGAGAUGAAGGUUGAUGUCGAUGGGGAAAAGAAAUCGCUCUCGUCGCCUAAGUUUGAAAGCAGCAAUGCUGCCACUGGGUACCUACCCGAUGACGCGGAUGAGUCCCUGCGCCAGGGUCUGCGUCAAUUCUUCCCCAAGCUUGGUGAUCGCCCGUGGAUAAACCGCCGACUUUGCUGGUAUACCGAUACUCCCAAGGGUGACUUUAUCAUCGACCACCACCCCACCAUGCAGGGUCUGUUUUUGGCCACGGGUGGUGCAGGACACGGUUUCAAGUUCCUCCCUAUCUUGGGACAAUAUAUUGCUGACUGCUUUGAGGGAAAGGCUCCUGAGAACUUGCGGCAAAAGUGGAGAUUGAACCUGCCCAAGAAUGACGCUAAAGGCCCUAUGGCGGGGGAUGGCAGCCGAGGAGGUCCUCCUCUGAGAAGGCUGAGCCCAUUCGAACAGGCCAAGCUGUAA